GCCCAGGGAGAUGACCAGGGGAGUUAUAAAGUUACUUCCUCCUGACGAAGCCAUACUUGAGCCGGCUGUUGCCUUGAGUGUUGGCAAGGGAGUUGUACAGACAACUCCUCGGUGGUGGCAGCGCAUUGGCAGCCAUCGCGUGGAGGUCUGACGACGAGUGUCGGCUGCCGUCGGUAGAGCUUCACUCAGCCCCGAAAAUGUUGAGGUGAGCAAGGCUCACCGGCAAACGCUUCCUUCGCGUGGAUUAGAACUCUUCGAGGAUUUGCUGUCGGUGCUAAUGGGACUGGAGGUACAUUCCGCCAAAGGGAAGCGAACCUUCUUUCAUAUCCUGUCACCAAUCCCAGAGUAGUGUCGUCGUCCGCCACCAGUUGAGAGGGUCGAGAAGGCGAGAGAGCUAGACCGGGGCAUGCUAUGGCCAGUGUACUGUACUGUUUGCUUUGUGCCACGGCAGCGCUGGCGAUGGUGCUGAUGUUUACCAUCUCUGUAAUCCCUCCAUUUAUCCUGAUCAGUGAUGAAAGUUGCGGUACAGAAAUGCAGCUGGGUGUAUGGAGAGUGUGUGUGGAAAUCAUCAACGAACUCGGAGUUCCGGCUAAGGUCUGUGGCACUUACAGUGCUGCCAAUAGCACGCCGGGUGGAAUUAAGGUUGCAGAAGCAUUCCAUUGUUUAGCCAUGAUAACGUUUGGUUUCGCCAUGGCUUCAUCGCUUAUCAUUCAAAGAAUGCAGGUUCCACGUUGGGUCUACUUUGCUCCCCAAGUCUUUGUGUUCAUGUCUGCCGUGCUCAUGGCACUGAUGACAGGCUGCAUGGUCCAUGUCGGACGGAAAUUCAGGUCACCCGUGUAUGAGGUGCAUGCAUCGACUGGAUUGGUCAUUGCCUGCGUUAGUGGUGUCUUAGCCAUCACCUAUGGUGUACUAGCACAUAUCAUACAUACGAGAUCACGGCGAGAAGAUUAUCUGCCCAUCCAGGCUGAAUAGCGUGCGUGUGCAUCUUGUUCAGCGUCGACAGCCGCCUCGUCCACAGAGUGUGACCGUUGUGGCGGGGCACAGCAAGUGAGCCAUUGUAAUCAUCAGAAUGCGUUCUGAACACCAUGCUGUCCGUACGCCUGCUCGGGUCUCAUUCCUACCCGGACUACUAAGAUCUCAGCAAAUACUUUGAGCUUUGUCCCCUUUGCUGUCUCUCGAGAUAGUACUGCAGCUCUCAAUUGGUCAUAACCCCACGAGCCGUAAUAGCGAGGGGAAUGCAAAACAAAGAGACACGUUUGCGAGAGCGAAAGAGAGCCUUCAGUUUCUUAGGGGUUCCAGGAGCUCAACAUACAACCGAUUAUUUUUACUAAGAACACAGUCCUACUGAGAGAUAUGUGGAGACACACACAUGUGCCAUAUUCUUUGAUACCAGAUAGCUAACAUUCCUAUCUUUCUUAUAAUCAUUACAUUUUUCCUCCUGUACACAUUCGUAGGAACACUCACAAUACGACAUGCAUUCAGCAGAAUUAGUUUUUCGCUUUUCUCGAUUCGUUGGUUCGCCAAAUAACGGUGGUAUGUUGACCAUGCAUGUUCAUCUUAUUUAUUACGAUAACAACACUUUUAUCUCUCUCAUUGCUUGUCCUCUUUCUACUUGUUUUUCAUUUUUUUCUCUUUCUUCCGUGGUUGGACUCACCCUCUCCUCAAGUCAAUUAGGUGUCUUAACAUGUUACGAGGUGCAAAAUAUAUUCCAUCGCUUUUUCUCCUUACGCGUAUUUCUCCUUACCUUUUAGAUUGUUUUCGCAUCGUCGAAUAUUUAAAUACAUGAUUGUGAUCAUAAGUGUUCUGACUAGCAUGGAG